CCAUAUAUCUAUUACCAACUCGGUACAACUAGGUUAUAUGCAAGUUUAAGCCAAUAACUAAUGAAUACAACUCUCAAUACAACCGAAAAAGAUAACUCUCAAUCAGUUUUUAACUACGCUCAAGCUGCUCAGACAAGCUCUCAAAACGUGGAAUCGCAAACAUCUAACAACGACAAUGGACCUAUCAGUGAACUUGAACCUGCUGAAGCCAAGAAUGCAACUGUAGAAGCAUCUUCUUCCGAAAUAGUCUCAUCUAUAGAUGCCCAAGCAAAUGAAAGUAAUCCUGAACCUUUAACAAGUAACGAUUCUGCUAAUUUGGUUGAAGAAUCUUCCAUUGAAACAGUGUCAAACCAAUCUGAUGGUACAGAAUCUAAUAAAGAAUCCCAAUCUAAAGUUAAUGAAUCUGUGCCCUCUAUGGAUAAUGUAUCAACCUCUCCUGAACCAAAUAAUAGCUCCUCUCAAGAAAUGCCAGCUGGUUAUAAAAAUCCUACAUCUCCUAAUGGUACCGGAAACUGGCAAGGCAACCAAUAUUAUGGGCAGUUCUACGGACGUAAUACUUACCCAACAUUUGUCCCACAACCUUCUGUCAACAAAGCUAUUCCUAUUAUCAAUCCUGACACAAGUGAGGUUAUUAAUCUUUCAAGCUCUUCUUUAAAGACUGAUGAAAAUAAAGAGAUUAAAGCAGUAUCUCCUUCUCGUGCUGUUAAGAUCGUGAACCCUCAAGAAAAGGAAGAAGUUGAGCAAAACGAAAAAGAAGAAGAUAAAAGUAAGGAAAGUGAGAAAACAGUUGAAGAAGGCGAAAAUUCUAAAACAAUGGAAGAAACGAACGACAAGCCUGAACCUGAAACCGAAGAUAGUGAAUUUAAAAAUGAUGAUAAAUCUAAAGAUGAGCCUACUAUUGAAGAUGAAGAACGUAUUGCUGCUAUCACUGCUGAUAAAAUUGCUAGAGGUGUUGCACCUGGUCGUCUUGACAUCUCAGCUAUUCCUGCACAUGUAUUCCACGAUUCUCCUGUAACUUCGCCUAGUAGUAAUACCCCUCCCAAGGUUAAACGUGCUCCUUUACCUGUGAUUGAAGAUUUUAGUGCUAUUCAAUAUCCCUCUGAGAUUAUAGCACCAAAAGGAAAAGAUCCAGUUUCCGGUAGGAUUGUUUAUGAGCGUGCCUUCUUGAUCCAGUUCCAAAAACUUUGUACCGAGACAGACGAAGACUUAUCACAACUCCCAUCUGCAACUGAAGAGGCAGGUAGUAAUGAAAAUAGACGUAGUAUGUCUCGUCGUCAAACAUCCGAACGCGGUCGUGGACCUCGUACUCCUGGUGGAUCAGGAGACAGUAUGUCUAGAAACAAUUCACGUGAUAGUCGUGGGGAAAUGGGUAAAUUCUCUAGUGGUCGCUCCUUCUCUCAUCGUCAAGGUAGUAGUGGACCUAAUUCUCCUGGUAUGGAGCGUCAAGGAUCUCAGGGUGGUAGAAGUAGAAGUAGCCGUGGUGGUAAGAACCGACAUAAUCCUAAAGAACAGUCUGGUGGUCCUACCAUUCCUCCUGAACAAGUUGUACCUUUGGCCAAGAGUGAAAACCGCUGGGUCCCUGCUGUCAUUAAAACAGGGGGAGCUGCUUCAACAACAUCUGAAGCUAUUGUUGCUGAAGUUGAGGCUGAAUUAAUUCCUCAAGAAAUGAUUGCUCGUAAGGUGAAGGCCCUUCUUAACAAAUUAACUAUUGAAAAAUUUGAUUCUAUUUCUGAUCAAAUCUGGGAAUAUGCUAAACAAUCUGAAAAAGAAGAUAAUGGACAAUCCCUCCGAAACGUCAUUCAACUUGUAUUUGAUAAAGCUUGUGAUGAACCUAACUUUGCUAGUAUGUGGGCACAACUUUGUAGAAAAAUGUAUGAUGUUAUUUCACAAAAUACUGAAAUUAAGGACGUCAACAUUCUUGAUAAGAAUGGCGAACCUGUUUCCAGUGGUUCUCUUUAUCGUAAAUACCUCCUAAAUCGUUGUCAACAAGAGUUUGAAAAGGGUUGGAAGAGUAACUUACCAAAGAUGGACGAAAAUUCAGCAAGUGAAAUGUUAACUGAUGAAUACUAUGCUGCUGUUAAAGCUAAGCGUCAAGGUCUUGGUCUUGUUCAAUUUGUGGGUGAGCUCUAUAAACGUCAAAUGUUAUCUGACCGUGUUAUGAUUGAAUGUUUGAUGCGACUCUGUUCUGAUCCUCAACAACCCGAAGAUGAUGAAACAGAGACAAUGUGUAAAUUGAUGACUACUAUCGGUCAAACAUUUGAAAGUAGUAGCAGAAAGAACAAAGAAUGGCUGGAUACCUAUUUCGAAAGAAUGAAAGAAAUGUACAAGUCUUCAACUUUAAGUUCAAGAAUCAAAUUCAAGAUUUUGGUAAGUUUAUUUAUAAUUCCCUUACCCUCUCCUUCCCUCUCCCCCCCUUUUUUUUUUACUUCUUUCUUCUUCUUCUUUGAUAUAUAUUUAUAUAUAUAUACUUACAAUUGUUAUUAGGAUGUAUUUGAUCUUCGUAAGAGUAAAUGGACUCUUAAACGUGGUAAUCAACCUGCUCCAACUACUCUUGCUGAAAUUCAUGAACAAGCCAAGAAAGCCAAUGAAGAGAAAGAAAGUAUGAAGCGUUCAAGUAGUUCCCGUGGAACUGCAUCACAUCCUGUCUCUCGUCAAGGUUCUUACCGUGGUGGUAGUCGUCCAUUAUAAAUGUAAUAUAUUUUAUAUAGUAGAAAUAAAUAAUAACAGUACAUAAAUAGUAUUCACAAUACACAAUCUAUUAUUACAUAAUAAAUUUUCGAAAGGUUACUACUUUU